UGGUAAGCAAAAUCCUUACUUCCGGUUGAUUCUGUGGAAAUCGGUGCAGUUGUGUUGAGCACAGCCAUACUGAAGAACUGUUAGGUUGUGUCAAUAAGUUAAAAAGGUGGACGACACAAAUAACGAGAGGCCCUCGCGGUACUUGAACAGGAAAAAAGGUGCGGGAAAUACAAUGAAGGGUGAAGGAAGGUGUAAGGAGCCACCUGUUGUACGGGAGGUCUCUGGAAAGCGACCCAAACGGAAGUGCCUGCAGUGGCAUCCACUGCUCUCUAAAAAGGCUCUGGAUUUCUCUGAGGAGGAAGAAGAAGAAGAGGAUGAAGAGGAUCUGAAGAAGCAGGCACUGCUGUGUGACCAGGAUAUGAUGUCUCAAGCCCAAUGUGGAGACACACCAGAGGAAGAAGAAGAUUCAAAUGAGCAGCGGGCUCGCAGGCCAAUGAAUGCUUUUCUUCUCUUCUGCAAACGCCAUCGUUCCCUUGUGCGACAUGAGCACCCUCGUUUGGACAAUCGUGGGGCCACCAAGAUCCUGGCUGACUGGUGGGCCGUGUUGGAACCCACAGAGAAGCAGAAAUACACUGAUAUGGCCAAAGAGUACAAAGAGGCCUUCAUGAAGGCAAAUCCAGACUAUAAAUGGUGUCCUACCACCAGGAAACCAGUUAAGAGUUCUUCGUGUCAAACAGUUUGCACUUCCCGCAAAAAAGUGUGGUCCUGCACAUCAAACACAUCCAAGGACUCACUCACUGCCAAACACAUGCCCAAAACUGAUGUCCCACAGCUGAACUUUGCCAUGGCUGAUCCUACUAAAAUGGGAGGCCUCAGCAUGCUGCUGUUAGCUGGAGAACAUGCCCUUACAAACAGAGAGUCAUCUGUAUCUGUGGUGUCAGACAGAAAACCAUGCAGACAGUCGGCUCUCUUUCAGCUUGCAGAGAUGUGUUUAGCAUCUGAAGCUGGGAAGAUGGACACAGAGGUAUCUCAGCCAGGAAAAAGAUCGCCUGCAGACUCUUUCCGAGAAACUACAGAAAUGCUUUGGGUAAAAGAGGAGAACCUGGACACUGUUGGUUGCCUUGUCUCCUCAAACACAAUAUCAACUUCCCUCUCUACUACUAUGACUAAGAACAUUUCCUCUGAACUUUAUAGCCAAAAUCGAUCUGUCGAAAAGAGCAGGAUAAAAGAGGAGAUCAUGUUGAAUGACAAAGACGAAAACUUACCUUUCGCACAAAAAGUCCUCAUAAACCAGAACGAUACACAGUCAAUUAUUGAAAAUGUCUCUUGUGAAAUUGAGACGGGGACUAAAGGUGUAUGGAAAGAUUCAGAGGCAUUCAAGUCAAAAAUCCAGAAUGUUCCCAGUGGUGAAAAGUCAUGUUGCCCUAAAAAGAAGAGCAAACCCAGAACUAAGACUUCAAUUAAAGACAAAGAAGAGCUGGAUGAUAAAAGUAUUUACAUGACUCCUGAGGCAGAAAUAGAAGAAACAAGUACAGAAAGGACAGAAUUUCAGGGCAGCAGGGAAAAAUGCCAAGAGGUCUCCUUCAGGAGUUUAUCUGUGGGGUUUAAAGAAGACGAUGAUCGAACUGAGGAUUCCGUUGAAGCAGAGUCCAACACAGAGAUCCGUGGUGCAAGGAAAUCUGAGAGGACCUGUAAAGGUGCCCUGUACAAAACCCUUGUUUCUGAAGGAAUGCUGACCUCGCUGAGAGCCAAUCUUGACCGUGGUAAAAGAGGUGCAUUUCGUGCUUCUGAACAUGAAGCAAACUGGGGUGAUGAUAGCUGGACAGUUCCGCAAUUAGCACCUAAUAACACCAAGAGACUGAAAAAGGCCAAAUCCAAAGAUGACUCCUCUCAGGGACAACUUGAAGAAGAAUUUGAAAAGAAGUUUAACAGCCUGCCGCAGUAUAACCCAAACACAUUUGAUAAGAAGGGGUUUGUUGUCACAAAGAGGAAGAAGAUUGAUUGCUCUUCUACCCAGGAGGAAACUUCCAAACCAGGCAAAGGACCAUCACAGAAAAAGACUUCAUUCCACAAGAUUGUUAGGAAGCACAAACACUCAAAGAAGAAACCAGCAGUUGGACAGAAGGAUUCCACCACAUUGAUUUCCGUUCCGAAAGAAAAAUCUUUUGCGGCCAAUGCCAUGUGUACAGAUGUGCAGGGCACCACAAGUGUGGACAUGCUUGUUGGUAGCCAAAAGAGGAAGGCAAGGAAGACUAAGAUUACACACUUGCUGCGCAUGACAAAAAGCAGUGUAUCUCUGUUUGAGGAUCCAAACCAGGUGCAGGAGAAGAAGCCAUUACCCCAACUGACUUCAUGCCAUGAAGGACGCUACAAUAAUUCGAGACCGGUGGAGAUGAGCUCUGAAACUCAGGAGCUACCGGCCUUCUUCAGUCUAGCUGCACUUGCUGAAGUAGCAGCCAUGGAAAACGUUCACAGGGGCCAGAAGAGCUUGGCUGAGAAUCAGAAGAGGGAGCUAGCCCAGACUCCUGUCCUCAUCUUUUGUGCCGAUCAGUGAAACUUUGCUGCUGUUGAGGAAAGCUACAUGGACCAUGGCAGCAUAUUUUUGUAUUUGGCGAAACUGCUUUUUAAGGAAUUUCAUGUAUGAAUUCCAGUGAGAUUUGGUUCUUGGUGUGGAAAGUGACCCUGUACUUUUUCUUGACCAACCUUAUUCCUCCUCUCCACUCUCUGUGGUUCCUCAAAGCCUUUGGAAAAGGUAGAAUACCUUUCUGAACUCCUUACACCUUUAGAUACUCUAUCUAGGUCUGUGGAAGAGCAACGGCGUACGAUGGUUGCAUUCAGAUAUUGUCAGGGUUUUAUUUUUAACGUCUCCUUAAUGAAGGUCAGAGGUUGUUUUUUAAAACCGAAUGCAAGUAAAAAAGACUUUAUGAGUGAAGGUUUUUUUAUUUUUUUACCUCACAAAAGACCUUCUUUAACAGAAUGAGGUGCUCCCAUCAAUGCUACUGUUUUAACCCUCAACGAAUGGUGAUGAUGGAUACACCUAUUAGUUUUGUCUUUAGGUACACUAAUAUAUGAUGUAGUUUAAAUAUGAAGAAACUUUAGUUGACUAUUUGAAAUAUAUGGUAUGUACAUACGGUAAGUCAGAGUGCUGUCACGAUAAAAAAAAAAAUUGUACACCUGCACAUACUGUGUGCAUUUAAAUGGAAGUUAUUUAUUGUUCAAGGUGUUGGGGCUCCUCCUGUUCUCCGUUUAAAUGAUUACCUUGCUCCCAUCAACAUGGCCUACUUACAGUAGAGACAAAUAACCGGCUUGUGAUGCAGAAAGUGAUAUUAUAGCUUUAUUGCUCAUAUUCACUAUAUUCCGAAGUCUUAUGCAUUGCUGGGUUUGUGUAAACAUUUUUGAAAACUGUAAUUCAUAUUUUUUUGUCUAAUAUCCAAUAUUAUUCCACUUUGUGUAGCAUUUAGAAAGAUAAAUCAAUUGUGUUUAAAUUAGAGUAAGCAUCAUUGUUGGUUUGUUUAUUGUAUAAACCUUGCACUAAUGUGUUGCUCCAGGUAAUCUUAAAAGGGUGAUAAAAUCCUUCGUCUGAACCAGACAGUGUUUUUAUGCCACAUCCAGUCUCAUAUCUGCUACCAGACACAACCUUCCAAAUUAUACAGCAGUUAGGCACCAGUGGUGCAGAAAGUGGAUAUUUUGUGUUUUUAGUUGUUUUUUACUUCAACCAGCUGGUUAAAAAUUCUCAUUUGAUGCACACAUGUCUUGUGUAUUCCCAACAUCAGAUCUAAUAGAAAAAGUAACUGAAUGUAGGGCUGGGCGAUAAAACGAUAUAAUAUACUGUAUGUCGCAAAAUGUUUUUUCCACAAUACAAUUACAUUACAAUUUCCAUAGAGCGACAAUUUACGGAAUUAUUCCGAUUAUAGAUGAGUGAGAUUGGUCAAGGGUUUCACGGUGGCAGAGGGGUUAGUGCGUCUGCCUCACAAUACGAAGGUCCUGCAGUCCUGGGUUCAAUCCCAGGCUCGGGAUCUUUCUGUGUGGAAUUUGCAUGUUCUCCCCGUGAAUGCGUGGGUUCCCUCCGGGUACUCCGGCUUCCUCCCACUUCCAAAGACAUGCACCUGGGGAUAGGUUGAUUGGCAACACUAAAGUUGGCCCUAGUGUGUGAAUGUGAGUGUGAAUGUUGUCUGUCUAUCUGUGUUGGCCCUGCGAUGAGGUGGCGACUUGUCCAGGGUGUACACCGCCUUCCGCCCGAUUGUAGCUGAGAUAGGCGCCAGCGCCCCCCGCGACCCCAAAAGGGAAUAAACGGUAGCGGUAGAAAAUGGAUGGAUGGAUGGAUGAGAUUGGUCAAUACUGAUACAGAUCACAUGUAUUAACUGUAAAUUUGUCAAUUUAUAUGUGAGUGUCAUUGAUAGUUUAAUUGUGAUUACUUAUUUUCUUUUGUUACAUACAAUUGCUUGAGCAAAACAAAGUCAAUAAUAGAAAAUAACUAAACAAAUUCAAAAACUACUAUUUGUCACUCGUUCAAAUUAUUUUCGCCCCCAAAGUGUUCCUGUGUCCAGGGAAUUACUCUGUAAAUUUGUAAAAAAAUUAAAAAAAAUAAACGAAUAUCACCCUCACCACUUAUAUAUUGAUCGUGUACCCUUGAUGUCACCUCCACCAAUUUAUGAGUCGAUCCACCCUCUUACAUUUCGUGUACUUCUGGCUGUGACAAUGCUGACACACCCAACCGUUAUUGUAAAUAUCCUGACUCUAACUCCUACUAAUUUACUUCUCAAUUUCCUUUUAACAGCUGUUUAAUUUCUUCCGCAAGUGGUUCCAUUUCCACAUCUUAAACUUUACAAACCACUUAUUUAUUCCUUUAGGCUUAACAACUAGCAAUUCAGCUUAUAAUGUCUUUAUAACAUGUUUAACCCCAUCCUAAUGCUUGAUAACGAUACUCAAGAUUUUAAGAAAUGCCGUUUAUCUGCUUUAAUAGAGAUUAUUAUUAUUAAUUUAGGGGAGUGUCGCCACACUGUAUCAGAGCUGCCUAGUUUCAGAAAAUGACAAGAAUGAGACUUCAAUUUCAUGAUGCAUUUGGAAAAAAAAGAAAGUGGCCUUUUUUAAUACGGAUUUGCUUUUUUUUUUUAAUCGAUUUAUACUUGGGAAUGAUGUCCACACCUCCAGCAGCUCUCCCUGCACUGUGGCCUCCUAUUUAACCAGAAAUUUGAAAUUGAAUUCAUCUCCACCGUUUCUCAUUUUCUGCCUGUGUUCUCAAUUUGUAUCUCUUCUACAUCCCCGUCCUCACUGUCCUCAAUCUCUUCUGGUCCUUCUUCGUCCUCCAGUGUUGCUAACUCCUCAGUAAGGAAACUAGAUAUUGACUGUCAUAAAUGUUGCUAGAUGACAUCAUUGGCUCAUUAGCACAAUUGAUUACAAUGAAUACUGUUCGAGAGAGGAAUAACAGUGAGAAAACAAGUGGAUUAAAAAAAUGCAAAUUAGAAUUAGAACUGCAGAUGAAUUUUCUUUUGUUGACUCUUAGUUUGUUUUUUCUUUGUUCUACAUCAUUAAAUCCAUCAAAUUUGAUAAAAAGACUGAAUGGUUGUGAUAUUCACGAACGAACCACAUUUUAAUGACUGGCUCAUUUACAUGAACAAUAGGUUUGUUUUUAUUUGAAGUGUGACAGUGAUGAAACAUUUACAAAUAAUCUCACACUUUAAACCCAGGCAUAAACAGUGACAGCUUUGCACAGAGUGGGUAUGUGUCUCCUCUCUGCUCUGACUAGAAUUCAACUUUAUUGUCAUUGCACUUAAAACACAUUUCGUUGUACUUUUCAGUACCAGUUGUCUUAAUAGCAGGUAUCCAGUAGACAGUGGACCGCCUGUGAGGAAAAGGUCAGCUUCCGCUUGUACGCUGAGGACAAAUAACAUCCAAAAUACGUCGCUAGAUUGGUCGCCAGUUACUUUUGAGAAAGAAACUCACUAAAAGGAGUAGGAAAAAUACUUAAUUUAGUGAGAAGAUCGCCAAUGUAACAACUUGGUGCUAAGUUGUAUGUGAAAGAUAAAGACAACAAGAUCUGCCGAACGUUGCUUCUGAUUGCUUUACAUCGCUUGGUGCCUUCUGUGUUUGGCUAGAUUUACGCACACAAACUUAUAGAUUGGUCUGAGAUUGGUUAUUUUGGUAUAUCUAUCAGUUACUCCAACUACGACAUGUCGCAAGGAAAAAAGUGUAUUAUUAUGAAAAAAGUAAAUAUAGAUUAGUGAAUGGGGAAAUGUUGCGUUUGGUAUGAGAAUGGGUUAAAUUGUGUGACUCUCAGACUCAAAGCAUGAGGCUUGGCAGCUCUGCUGUAUGGAGAUACAUAGUUAGCUGCUAGCUAGUCUACCGGGGAACUCAAAAUAAAUACAUUAUUAUCCAAAGGGGAUCUGCAUUGGUGAUCGACAUAAAAGGCAUUAUUUUAUUGGCAUUGGCGAUUUUUCAUGAAAAAUCAUUGGCCUACUUAUUAAGUUACUAAGCCAACUAGCUGCCUAGAUAGCUUGAAACAAUAGAAUAAAUUUGUUGAUCGUAAAGUUUAAGAAGUGGAGCUGGAACCUUGUUACAGCGGAAAGUAACCAGACAUUAAGCAGGAAUUUACAAGUAGAUUAAUAAGAGUCUAGAGAGAAAAUAAUAUACCAACAACUGUUGAUGUGUCAGCGUUGUCAGUCAGCACACAACACAUAAGAGGGAGGAUUGAUCCAUAAAUUAAUGGUGUUGAUACCAAUGAUAGUAUCACUAUACAGUCCAUAUUAGAGUAGUUAGGCAGAUGUUUUUAUUUUCUUAAAAUAUAUAUAUUUUGUAAAAAUUUACCAAUACAGAAAAUAUAUACCUGUACACAGAAGGACUUUGAGAGCAAAAACCAAAUGAUAUAAAUGAGUCGUAGGUAGUAGUUUUUGCUUAUGUUUACUUAUUGUGUAAUAUUGGCUUUGUUUUGCUCAAACAAUUGUAUGUAAUACGAUAAAAUAAGGAACUACUUUAAAUAUUGUGUUGACAUUGUUACACUGUCAUACUCCGAAUAAAUGCAUUUGAAAAUUUCACAGGUAAUACAUGUGACGAGUAUCGAUAAAUUAGCUUACUGUAAGCCAAUAAUAUAUACAUCGCGAUCGGUAUUCGUAUCAACCGAUGUCACUCAUGGAUGAUCGGAAUCGGCAGCGUAAAUCCCUGAUAGGAACAUCCCUAGUUUGAAUAUAUGCACCCUCUUUAUUCUUCGGAAAUGGUUGUAACAUGUUGUUCAAUACAUCUGUUACUUUUAACCCGUCAGAAAAUAUAUUAGGCACCAGCACCCCCCGCGACUCCAAAAGGGAAUAAGCGGUAGAAAAUGGAUGGAUGGAAAAAAUACUUGAUAUCUUCAACAUGUUACCUUUUAGGAAUGUGCCUUUUAAAACAGUGAUUUCAUUCAAAGCGUGAUACAUGUUGGUAUUGUUUUACUUUUCAAUAUUGCCCAGCUCUAAUCUAAUAUGAUUGAACAUACACCCUGAACUGUCACCAUUUAAUCGCAGGGUGCAUACAGAAAUAAACAACCAUUAACACGGUCAUUGAGUACGGACUGACCACUAUAUUAGUAGCAAAAUACCUCUUUUUUCCCCCCCCUAUCUUCCACUAAAGAAGUGGAAAGUCUGCGGGGUGAACACUGAUACAAAUGUGUUGGCCUAUUUUCAGAAUAAAAAACCAAAACACAUUUUGCGAAAAUAGGGAAUGCGUGUUUUGAAGAUGUUUUAACAUUGUCUAUGGAUGUUCUCAUUCAUCCAGGUAGAUCAGACCAAUUUAAGUUUGUCAGUAUGAACUGAUGAAGUCUACUCGGAUGAGAGGCAAAACAAAACGUCUUCUAAGACAAAAUGAACAGUCCAGUUUUGAUUGAUAAGCCUUUCAACAAUGUAUUUUUUAUGGUUUACAUGUAUUUAGCACACUGGUAAGGAAUCUGUCCAGGCAGACUCCAACUCUUAUUUUCUUCUCAGAUUUGUCUUUUUGAAUGAUGUAGUAUUAGUUUACAGUAAGCUACUUAUUGCUAUCUCUCCUGUCUCAGGCCACAGAAAGACAGAGAGACACAGGCUACCCCUCCAUUUCCCCUGCCUUCCUUGCGCUCACCCAAUCCUCAGUCAGAACUCUGAGUUGACGCGUUCACUGCCUUACAGUAAGUUGUAAAAUACAAAACUACUAUAAAAUAAGAAGGUUAAAGAGCUGCGAUUUGCUGACCCUUGCACUAGACUAGGGCAUUGCCUGCCCGGGGUUCAAAUCCAGAAGAGGAAUGAUACCAUCCUGGCCUCCGGGUUCAGUUCAAAACUUGGUAGACAAACAUUUUUGUAGCUGAUUCCAAAAAACAAGAGUGCUCAGUUUUGUCGAAGAUCUUGAACCACAGUAAUUGGAAGACACUUGCAUUGAUAUUUCAACCUUGUUAGCAAACAUUGAACACGGAGGUCCAAACCUGAGAUUUAUACUGUAUAACUGAGGCAUUCCUCAACGCACCCCUUUAAGUCCUCUUCUUUUUGGCUGUAUGUUAACUUCACAUACACUCAGUAGUAAUUUGUUCAACGUCAUUAGUUAUACUUGUAGUGUUCCUCAUGGUUCAAAUUUAGGUUUUCUUGAUUUCAUUAUUUGAGCUUUUCAACUGGUGUGCCGUGUGUUCAGUUCAAACUUGUAAGAGACUCAAAAUUUCGCAACAGAUUCUUAAAAUCACUUAUGGGCUGUCAUGGAGAUGUUCCAAUAUAGUAGAGCGCCCCUGUACCUCUGACAAAACAAAUAGACCAAAUGUUGACGAUAGAAAAUGCUGGCUCUACGAAAUAUACAAACUAAAAUCAAUAUUGAAGGAAGAAAUCAGGCCUCCUGGUUUUAGGCUUUCUGGAGAUGUUUGCAUAAAAUAAUUGAGAAUCAUUGCUGUAACUCAGGACUACCUGGCAAUAUUCCUCUUUUAUGUACCUGCUCCCCUGUUUGCGCAUGUGUUUAUACAAAUAAUUAAACACGUUUGAUUCAGUCCCAUCAGUCAACACUUAUUUACGACUGUGGUUACUAACUAUCUUUGUUUAUUUGAUCAAGAUCGACACAAAGGUUUAGGUGUAUUGUUCUCAGCCAGUAAUUCUCAAUCUUUUUUCACCAAAAAUUGGCUCUUCAAGUGCCACCAUAAUGACCAACAUUAAAAUACAGCAGCAUUGUACACCUGAGUAUUCCUUAUAAACAAGGCACAGGUUUUAUUUAACAAGUAUAUUUCAUAUUUUUGGCCACUAUACCAUUACAUAAAGUUUGAACAGUAUCACUGUGUUCGAAUAUAAGAAAAUAAAAGACUACUUUAAUUAAGUGAUUCUUUGGCGUACCACUACAUGGAGCCUGCGUACUACAGUUUGAGGAUCAGUGUUCUCAGCGCUUUAUCCUGUGAAGCUCAAGGCUGCAGUGGUUCUUUGAAUUUGUACAUAAAUUCUCAUUUAUUAUCUGUAAUGUUUCCAAUGGGAGUUAAUCUGAUAUAUUGUGUGUUUUAGAUGCCAUAUAUACAUAUACACUGCAGACGUACCUCCUUUAAAAGUCUUUACAGAAUUAUUUGGUAGGUUUAUUUUAACUACGGAUAAUAAUUAAUCUGUAUUUGAUCCUCAAGCAAAAUAUGUACUUGGUGGGGAAAACUGUCACACAUCUCACGGGGAUUUAAGUCGCUCUUCUUUACAAAUACUCUCCUGGUGGUCCUGGAGGUUUUGCACAACGGUCGCUUGGCAACUCGCAAGUUUUCGUCUUGGUCUUUGCCCAAAAGUAACUAAAUAUUUGCUUAAAGAAAUUGUAUUUGACAACUGGCCAAAGGAAAGGGAAUUGCAUUGCUUUUUUUUUUUUAAACAAGCAUAGCAGUUGCAGUUUGUUUAGGUAACAAUAUCACUCUUUCAAUGGGAAUGGGACUGCAUCAGAUUUGGAUGUGAAACAAAAAAAAUAAAAGAGCACCACUGAAUGGUUCUAAUAUCCAGUAUUUGCACCUUACGAUCCAAACCAAUAUAGUAGGGUUAAAAUAUGUCAUUUUACCUACUCUUAAAAAUUGUGUUCACUUAGUGAGAAAUAAAACUAACUUGUACGAAAUAGCCAUACAUUGUUAUCAAGCCUUUUCACAUUUUAUACAUUAGAAAGAGCUUUAUAUAAAGUUUAAUAGACUAAAUACAUUUACUGAAAUGAUUAAAUUUGCCUUUUUGCUAGUGUCGUCUUCUUGGGCUAUGUUCACACUGCAGGUUAAUUGCUUUUUGUACAUAUUUGCCAUGUAUCUGAUUUUUUCCAUGUCAAUGUGCAAGAUGUGCAACAUUAAAUUCUGGGCCCCUGAACACAAGACUCCAAAAGGGCCCCCCUUCUCACCCUAAACCCAAUGUCACCGCCCCAUACACACAAACUUGGUAUAUUUACAUGCACUGAAAAACUUUAGUAGGGUGUUGGCAUUGUUUCAAGAUGGGAUCAACAUAUCUAAAACAUACUGUAUUUAGACAAACAUAUAUAAUUUGCUUUUGUUUUGGGGAAAGAAAGUGUUUAGUUUUGGGGUUUUUUUACAAAAAAUUGCAAACAAAUGAAAUGUAAAGUGGACAGAAAUUUGAAUCUCAUAACCUGCAAUUAUUCAUUUAUGUAAGUAUGAUCAUAAACCUGUCGUGUUGUCUUUAACAUAACAUAGAGAUGAGCUGAUGCACAUAAACUAUCAUUAUUGGAUAGUACUAAUCAUUAUUAUUAUGCGUGAAUUUCCUGGGAGUUAAGUCUCCACCUGCCUUUUAAAACUAGUGAUGCCUUUGUUUCUAACUUUGAUUAAGGGUCUUUGAUCGCACCACAGUCAUGUGCAAAAGGGACACUUGUACAUAAUUUUCCUCUAUGCUGCCACAGAUACAUUUAUUUAAUCUUUUUCUACCACCUCACCAUCGUUCCAAAAUGUUAUGUGUGAAUGCUUAACGGUGAGCUUUGGUGACGUUAUGGUGUCUUUGUUUAGUGAAGUGUGCCAAGUUAAAUUUGCUAUUAACCAGGUGGAAAUACUAAGUUUUAAUUUUGAUAUGGGGUGAACUUAGUUUUUAACCUUCCUAAUUUGAUUCAAGCAACCUUAUUAUUAAACCGUCAUGGCUAUAUUUAUUUUAUAUUGAUAAUUAUGAGGUUUUUUAUUUUAUUUUAUAUUUAAGUAGCAGAAAAUGUUUUUAUCAAACUUUACAAACAGCUAAGCCCACCCCCUGUGCUUCCUUCUAAGCCGCUGUCAAUGUUAACAGUAGAAUUCUUCAUUUUCGAAAUCCGACUCAGGCCUCUUUAUGUGAAUAUAACUCCGAAAUGUAGCCAAAACGAUCGCAGUCUAAAUGACCGUGUCACUUUAAUCCGAUUUAUACGUUAUCAAAAAGUGAUAUAAAAGUCAUAAUUCUUCGCCAACAUAGACGGUCGUGAAAAUUAUUUUGUAGUAAUAUAAAUAGUACACAAAUGAGCAGAAAACAGGCCAAAAAAAAUGUUAGAGCACUUUCGUACAAGUCCCACCACUCCUGGCUGUGAACUCACAUCGAAGCAAAUGCCCACCUAACUGCAAGAGCCACAGUUUUUACCCUCUUCCUUCUUUAUCUACACCAAAUAAUUCAGUUGACUCAGGUUGAACUUAAUCCUUGAAAUUAUGUGUAGCACAUAUGAGGUGGUUUCGGUAUUUUGGACAAAAUCUGUUUCCAUUAGACAUUUCAAAAUGUUGUUGCAUGUACUUUUGGUAGUGUCAACAACUUAAUAAAAAGAUCGGAUUUAAAAAACAAUCUGAUUUGGGCUUCAACCCUGCAGUGUUAACAUAGCCUUGAAUGUUGUCAUUGUUUUUGUAAUACAAUUUUGAUUGUACUGUCCUAUGCUGAUUACAAGGUGUGCAGUUUGACAUGUUUUGCAGAGAGAUAGUUGUAAAGGUGUAAGGGGUUUCAAAUGCACUGGACUCGUGUUCAUACCUGGUCAGUUUCAAUGACAGUGACAUACCAGUCAUCAAUAACUAUGUGUUUGAGUACAACAUUAUUUAUCACACUUUUUAGUAUAGGUUUAGAAAAAGAAAAAGAAAUCAAGUGGCAUGAAGAUGUAUUUACAGUGCACAUGGAAAGUAUUCACAGGGCUUCAAUUUUUCCACAUUUUGUUAUUGUACAGCCUUAUUCCAAAAUUAAAUAAAUACAUUUAUCCCUUCAAAAAUGAAAAA